CAAAAAUAAACAAAAAAAAAAAUAAAUAAAAACAACAGAAGAGGAAGAGGAAAGCGAAGGUCAUGGCGACACCACCGGACUCGCCGGGACCGGAAGAGGCUCUUUUCGAGUUCGAGAGCACGCGGGCGAGACAACAAACUGCCAGACCUGUAGCCCUCGAGGAACUACUCAGACAGACCAAGUUCUCGAGGCAAGAGAUUCGUGUUAUGUAUCGAGGAUUCAAGCAGGAAUGCCCGGAAGGCGUGGUUCACGAGGACUCCUUCAAGGACAUAUACGCAAAAUUCUUCCCGCAUGGCAACUCCAGCCUCUACGCUCACUACGUAUUCAAGGCUUUCGACGUUAACUGUAACGGGGCCAUCAGCUUUAGGGAUCUUUUGGUAACCCUAUCGACCCUUUUGCGAGGUAGUAUUUACGAAAAACUAAGAUGGACUUUCAAAUUGUACGACAUAAACGGCGAUGGUUGCAUCACGAGAGGUGAAUUAGGUGAAAUGGUUACGGCUGUUCACGAGCUCAUGGGUAGAAGACAUCACGCCGAGGAAGAAAGAAAAGCUAGGGAACAGUUGGACAGAGUCUUCAAAAAGUUGGAUCUUAAUCAAGACGGUGUUAUCACUAUCGAGGAAUUUAUUGAGAGUUGUCUCAAGGACGAUGUGAUCACAAGAUCAUUAGCUAUAUUCGACAGUGCGCUUUGAUCUCCGGCAGAAGAGGAGAAGUCGGAGGAUGAGGUUGUCUCUGGAACAAAUGCGAUAACACAAACGGUACCGACGCCACCAACGCCGCCUACACCACCUUCAACAACGUUUUCGCAAUCUUUGUCACCGUCGCCACCACCACCGUCCUAUUCCUUAUUACCACCGAUACCUCCGCCUUUACCCUCGCAACCACCACCUGGAUAUACUGUACAGGAUCAAGAGCUUUAUUUACUCUUGGCAGCUCAUUGGUGGAAUCAACCGGAAGCUCCUCUUUUUUGUUAAAGACGAUUUAACGCUAGAACUACAACUGCCUCCAAUGCAAUGAAGAAAUAUAAUAUACGUUCGACCGAAACGUUUAUUAAAAAGAAUGAAGAGUGGGGGAGAGAUAAGGAUAGGGAGUAUGGGAUGGUAGGGAAGAAAAAAGAAAAGAAAAGAAAAGAAAAGAAACAAGAAAGGAGGUUAGAGACUAAGUUUUCAAAAUCAUGAACUCCUGAUAAUGAGUAAUACGAACGAGAAGCAAGAAGACAAGUACGAAGACGAACACAUUCGAAAUUUGGUCGAAUUCAAAAUCAUUGCUCUCUUCAAAAAGAAGAAAAUAAUAUUAUAGGAUAUAUUAUAGAAAAACGUAUGAGAUAGAUAAAAUAGAUAGAUUCGUACGAAUCGUUCUGUAAGUAUUAAAUACGUUUCAUUCGAAACACCUGAUAGAUAUCAACGUAACGAAGAGAAAAAGAAAGAAAGAAAGAGAGAGAGAGAGAGAGAGAGAGAGAGACAUUGUUGAAUAAUUUAUAAAAAAAAAUUCCUAUGAGAGAGACGUAAUAAUAAUAAUAAUAAUAAUAAUAAUAAUAAUAAUAAUAAUAAUAAUAAAUAAAAAAAAAAGAAAGAAGGUACCUUACGUGGUCGUUCAAGUACCGUCGAUUUGUGCCAAAUCGCCGUCAAGCAAAAUCAAUGUUCCAAUCUCAUGAUUCUCGCAUAAUAAAAGUCUCUUAAGUAUUAUAUUAUGAAUAUACAAAUAAAAAAGAUGGAUAGAAAAGAGAGACAGAAACUUUUGAAGAUGCACGAUUAUACGUAAACGUCAAAAACGUUUGGUACCAUAAGAAUAUUGCAAGAAAUAUUCCUUUAUUGAAAUAAAACAUUGAAAGGUAACAAUCUCGAAUGGUGUUAAUUAUGUUACACCCAAUGGAAAAUUAGAUCAUUAGAAUUAUAUCAAAAAUCUUCCAGAUAUUGAUUUUAGAAAAAAGGAGAUA